UAUCACUCAUGAUUAUUUUGCUUGAUUUUUGGGGGAGUGUUACUUCCACCAUCAACCUUCAUUUUUUCAAACUGAAACUUUUCAGUCUGUCUUCAAAUAACAGGGCUCCCCAAGAGGAUACAGAGUUGCCACUUGCCUCCCCAUUCAUAAAUGAAAUCGUUUUCUUUUCAAAGUAAGAGGAAGAGAUUCUAAACACCAUAUGAGUCAGAUCUUCAUUAGUCUAGGAUGGUAUAGGGACAGUAUCACUAGGAAGAAAAGAAUCAAUGCUAUAUCCCUCUAAGCAGUUCUCCAUAGCCUAGUUCAGUGAUUUGUUCUUGGCCUCUUAAGCCCUAUUUCUGAGUUACUUAUUUAGCUCCUUAGGUCAAUAGGUUGUCAUGGUAACCAACAGUCCUAGAAUUUAAGCCCUGUGACAGUUAGACUUUGAGCAAGAGACUCACAGGAUCCAAAAUGAUUUAUGUCCCCUCACAGUUCCCAUUAGAGCUUGACAUAUCAAAGACAUAUAAACUAUAAAAGAAUCUAAGCUUUAAAACUAUAGCAAGAGGAAUAGUCAAGAAGUGUAGAGGAAUGUUUUAGGAAAGAGGGCUGUUACACACGACAAUGGGUUUCUUAAGCAGAGUAGUGGUCGUCUCCUUUGCUUCAUGGAUGAAGAAUACAAACUUCUAUGAGUAUGGUAUGGCAGUCAUGGGAAGCAUGGGAAUGGAUGAUUACUCAAAGAGUAGAAGCAAAGUAUUAGCAACUUUCUGCUGUUUUCUCAGAUGAGGAAGGUCUGAAUGACCAAACCCCAGGCUAUGAGGUCUGACCCCUUUGACACUAUGGCAUCCUCAUCCUCCCAGAAUGAUAGCACCGACACAGAGAUUAGCAGCUCUGAGUCUAAUUUCAGCCUCUCUGUGGGCUAUUUUCCCUCCCAGGAAACAAACUCUUAUGAGGAAACAAGCCCAGAGAGUGAUACCAUACAUUUUCUCCCACCCAUCCAAGGAGCAUGGCUGACUAAAAGCACAGGGAGAAUGAAAGGAAGACAUAGCCAAGCUCAGAUAAGCCCAGAACAAUUUUCCAAACUUAGCAUUACUUUAGCGUGGGAUAUUGAUCUGGGUCCUGACCAAUCAGACACAGUAACUGACUGGGACUUAAAGAAAGAAAAUGACUGGACAGACAUGAAGCAAGAACAAAAUAUACAUGGGACUAUGAGGAAGUUAGAUUGUUUUGCUCAAAAGUUGGAAACAAAUAUUCAGAAAGAAGAUAAUUUUAUCCCUGAAUCACUUCUAAAAGAAGAUUCCCAUAUCAUCACAGUUCCCCCUCUAGAAACCACUAAAACCACAACUAAGUCCAUCCAAGAAGAGAAUAUGUCUCAAGAUUCUCCGGUUGUUCAACUUCUAAAAAACAGACAUCUGGUCCAAGAAGUCAUGCCACAGGAGCUCAGAGGAACAAAAGAGAUGGAAACACCAAGCUACAAGGACAAGAGAACAUGUUCUGGAGAAUCUUCUUCACUCUCCACAGGAAAGAGGGAAUACCAGCCUCCUCCUUCCUCAGGUAUACAGUUACUGUCCUGUUUAAACAUAGGCCGGCUUCUCAGGUGGUUAAGGGAACAAGUCAUUUCCUCACUCUCGGGAAGGGAACAGUCCCAAAACAGAGCCACAGAGGGCACAAAAUUGACAACCUCGAAAAGACAGCGUUCAUUCAGAGAAAGGAGAGUUCAGCCGCAGGAUACUCCAAAAUCUACCAACCUGUAAACCACUGAAACUUUGUGAUAGCAAUUCUCCCAUUUUCCCCACAGGGUCAUCUUUUAGCUCCAAUAAAAUACAUCUAAAUUAAUCUUA